CCCAUCAUGCUUUGCUCAUGCCGCCAUUUCCUCAAAACCAAGCCGGCAACACGCGAACACACGAGGAUCACUUGUUUGAUCGAUUUCUAACAGGUCAUCAAAGAUGGGGGACAAGAUAGAUAUGAGUUUAGAUGAUAUCAUCAAGUCUAACAAGGGUUCGAAAAGAGGUGGUGGCCGGGGAGCGCGGAGGGGUGGUGGUAGAACGACAAAUCGCGGGAGUAACCGGGGUGGACAACGACGCCAAAGUGGAGGAGGCCGUGGUGGUGGUGGAGCGGGUGUCUUCAGAGGCGGUGUACAACGGAGGGGGCGAGCAGCAGGAGGCAAUAGGACCAAUUAUUCCAGACCCAAAGACAUGCCAGAUGUGUGGCAACAUGACAUGUACGAUGGUGCACCUGCUCCCUUUAAGAGAACAUUAGGAGGGGUUGGUGCCCAAGGAUCACAAGGGAAACUACAUAUAUCUAACCUUGACUUUGGGGUGAACGAUUCAGAUAUACAGGAAUUAUUUGCUGAGUUUGGUAAUCUGAAGAAGGCAGCUGUACACUACGACAGAUCGGGCCGGUCCAUUGGUACAGCAGAGGUGAUAUUUGAGAGAAGGGCAGAUGCAGCGAAGGCUAUGAAACAAUACAACAAUGUACCCUUAGAUGGCCGACAGAUGAGCAUUCAGUUAAUAGGAGCAUCAGAGGGAGGAGCUAUACCCAUGAGUACCAGAAUCAAUAUGAACCAAAGGACUGGAGGUGGUGGUGGUGGUGGUGGCGGCGGCGGAGGCCAGAGGAGUAGAGGUGCUGGCAGAUCUUUUGGUGGUGGUGGUGGACGUGGAAGGGGAGGUAGCCGAGGAGGCAGAGGUGGAAGAGGAGGUGGUGGUGGUGGAAGAGAGAACAAGAAAACACCAACAGCCGCAGAAUUGGAUGCUGAACUUGAUGCUUACAACUCGAAGAUGGAAACAGAUUGAAAACACUGACUCAAGAUACAAAGGGUAUUGAGCCUUAAUCAAGUUUUUGGACAUUGGCAGGAAAAGCAUAUAGCAUUCAAAAUGGAAGAAUAUGGAAAUCUAGAUGUUUGAAAUAUCGUACUAGACUGCCUGGUGAAAUCAGGACUUGCUAUUAUAAGUUCUUACAGUUGUAGAUCAAGGACUUCCUGUGCAUCAAUUCGUCCUGAAGGAUUGCCUGAUAUGUAGACUCUAAAAAUUGUAUUUUUCUAAAAACGCCAGAAUCUACAGGUCGGGAAUGAGUUGAAUGCCACAGCCUCGCACUUGUAUUCUUUAUAAAUUUUAGAUGAAUGAUUGGUGAGCGUGUCGGUGUUGUUUGGAUGUUGAUGUGUAGGUGUGUGCAAGUUAUGUGUGUAGAGUGUACAUUAUUUUAUUUGUUUCAUUUUUCAUUGUAACGGUCUCAUAGAAUCUACGGAAGGUCAUUUAUUGCAGCGAAAUUAAUAUUUUUAUCAUUCUCAUUGGCGCAUAUUUAUACAUGUAAUUAAAUGAUUUGACAAACGUUCUGUAGUUGAGUGUUGGUUUAACAACCACUAUUUGCUGGACUUAAAACCCAACUGCAACCAAAGUUUUCAUUUUUAUGACGUCGGGAUCAGCAUAAUAGUUUAAUUUGCGGGAAAAACGUGCCACUGGAUUGUAAUUUACAGGAUUUCUCCUGUGAUUCAAGAGUCUUAUCAUCAUCAAAUUUAUAAGUGGUUUUAAUGUUAAUUCACGAAGAUAAAUGAUAUUAAUUCAGAAAUCAACUUCAAAUAUGUUGGGUAGGGGAGUGUAAGUGAACCAAAGUGAUAUAAAAAGUGUUUAAAUGCAUUCUUAAAGUUGAUCCUUGAUCAUUGAUCAUGAUGAGUAAAUGCAUUUUGGGGAAAAGGAAAAUAAGAAAUGAAUACUGAAUGCAGGCAAACAUUUUUCCUCCCGAUACUGAUAUCCUACAGAACAAAUUACACGGCGCAGAGAAUGGAGAAUAUGGUUGGAGACUAGGAAUUUUAGAAUCUUUUGAUAAACAAGUUUUUUAACCAUCAUCAGGUCUUGAAAUCAAAGGUUUCUGUUACACAUUCAUUAUAUUUAUUUUACUUGUGUACACUUCUAGGUUUUAUAAUUUAUACCCGCUUUAAACAAACACUAAUAAACUUGUUUUAAAUGCAUUGAACAAUUUUCCUACCAUCAUUUUUUUUACUAUUACUACCUGACACACGGCUGUUUGUAUGACUGUUUAUAAAAAAAAGCCAGUGUUCACAAAGAAAAGAAUCUGUAUGUUCUCAAAAUUUUCCUCAAGAAAAGGCAUGGCCUUCUGUGUAGAUAAAUGUAAAUAAAUAGGAUGAGUGCAAUUUUUACAGUCAUGCCAAAAUAAAAAUAAAAGACAUGGAUCGUGAAUGAAACCACAUACUGGUUACUUAUAUUACUGCUAUUCACAUGUUCCUGACUCUUGACAUUCAUAUUUCUUAUACAUUAUUAUUUUUGAGAAUUUGAACUAAUGGACUGUCAUCAAACAUACUUGUCUUGAAUAGCAUUAAAGCAUUUCCCUGGGCUAUGCCUAAUUUGACUGACAAGUUAAACUUUGAAGUGGUAUUAAAAGAUUUUGUAAAAGAAGUGCUCAUAUUUGGAAUUUUAUAUCAUUUUCUGAUCUUUGGCCUCAUUCGUGUAUUAUGAAUAAAUGUAAAUGAUGUUAUGAAUAUUGAUGAAGCAUAUGGAUGUGUAUUCUACUAUGUAAACUGUUUUUUAGAAAAUGAGGUGGAAUAAUACAUAUAUUUGUUUCGA